AGGGGUGCGGGCCCCCGCUGGGCGCGCAGCGGCACCAUGGGCACGGUGCUGUCCCUGUCCCCCAGCUACCGGAAGGCCACGCUAUUUGAGGAUGGCGCGGCCACGGUGGGCCACUACACGGCCGUGCAGAACAGCAAGAACGCCAAGGACAAGAACCUGAAGCGACACUCCAUCAUCUCCGUGCUGCCCUGGAAGAGGAUCGUGGCGGUGUCGGCCAAGAAGAAGAACUCCAAGAAGGUGCAGCCCAACAGCAGCUACCAGAACAACAUCACGCACCUCAACAAUGAGAACCUGAAGAAGUCGCUGUCCUGCGCCAACCUGUCCACCUUCGCCCAGCCCCCACCGGCCCAGCCGCCCGCACCCCCGGCCAGCCAGCUGUCUGGCUCCCAGACCGGGGUCUCCUCCUCGGUCAAGAAGGCCCCGCACCCUACUGUCACUUCGGCAGGGACACCCAAACGGGUCAUCGUCCAGGCGUCCACCAGCGAGCUGCUGCGCUGCCUGGGCGAGUUUCUCUGCCGCCGGUGCUACCGCCUGAAGCACCUGUCCCCCACGGACCCCGUGCUCUGGCUGCGCAGCGUGGACCGCUCGCUGCUUCUGCAGGGCUGGCAGGACCAGGGCUUCAUCACGCCGGCCAACGUGGUCUUCCUCUACAUGCUGUGCAGGGAUGUUAUCUCCUCUGAGGUGGGCUCGGACCACGAGCUGCAGGCCGUCCUGCUGACCUGCCUGUACCUCUCCUACUCCUACAUGGGCAACGAGAUCUCCUACCCGCUCAAGCCCUUCCUGGUGGAGAGCUGCAAGGAGGCCUUUUGGGACCGUUGCCUCUCUGUCAUCAACCUCAUGAGCUCCAAGAUGCUGCAGAUUAAUGCCGACCCACACUACUUCACACAGGUGUUCUCCGACCUGAAGAACGAGAGUGGCCAGGAGGACAAGAAGAGGCUGCUGCUCGGGCUCGAUCGGUGAGCCCUGGAGUGGCGUCGUGGCUCAAGGAUUCAAUUCAUUUUUAAAAAUUUAUUAUCAAAUCAGUUUUGUGUACAAUAUGUGUCUAGCAAAGCCACCAAGGGCCUCUCCCUUCCCACCUUCUCUCCUUGGGGUUCUUUUCAGCCCUGCAAGAACUCUGGGGACUUCUGAACCACGAAUGUUGUACAAACCCAGAAGAUGAUCCAGAACCGCCCAGGCUGCUGACCUCUCUCUCUCUCGGUGGGGGCUGGCUCCUGCUGCCUCAACCUUCACUGGAUCCAGGGGGUGAGGCUGCCCACUGCUGCCCGGCUGGGAGCUGGUGAGGGCCCACUGGCAGGUGGGCCCAGGGAGGACGUGGGAUUUCUGGUUGGAAGCCCUUCUCUGGGUGUUUUUGGGUGGGUCUUUCUCUGUGGGUUCCUGGAGCCAGCCACCCUGACAAAGCCUCUAAAGGGGUUGUAAUGCAGGAUCCCCACUGCCUGGGACAUCUUCAGUCAAGGAGAGGUAUAGAGGAUCUUGUGCCAAGAUUGUGACGGUCAUUGGACCAUGCAUGGUCCUGGUUUGCGGUUUUGUUUUCUUUAGGGAGGGCUUUGCUAAUGAGAAAGGGAGCUCACCCCUGCCUCUUGACACUUCUCCCAGCUCCCACAUUAGUGUUGGCUGGUUUGUCUCAUUAGGGUCUCAUUUUGGGUUCCAGCUAAAGGAGUGGGGUGAAGCUGGGACAGCUUUUCUGGGCGAUUUCUUUUUCAUUUGAAUAAUGCAGCUUAGUCACCCUGUGGUGAAGGCCAGGGCAGCAGCAGAUGCCCAUUAGCAUCAGCCUGCCUUCUGGGCAGGUGGGAGGUGCACGCCUAAGAUCAAGCUGGUGCCUACCUGAGUGCUAAGGCCUCUUGCUGGUGCACGACAUUUGUCCUACCGAGCUGGGGAGGGGAGAUCAGUUAUAGGGGUGAUGUGGUGGUGGUGAUUUCCACUCCUGCCCCUUGUUUCAUAGGAUUAACACUGUUUCCAAACAGUUCAGUUUUUUUCUGGAGAGGAGGCCCUGUUUCCAAGGCCCAGUGAGACAGCUGGAUCUCGGAGACAAAGACAGGAGUGUGACUCCUGAUUGCUUUGGAAGCUUGGCGACCCCACAACCGAUCGCUUGCAGCUGCUGGUUUUGGUAUCCGCCUCACUUGAGCGGCUGUAAAAACACAUGAUAUAUAUUUGACCGAUUUUCUUUCUAAUUCUCCCGGACUGGUGGCUUGGGGCUUGGGAGAGGUCCAAAAGAUGGGAACAAGUCUUCCUGCAUGGCUCCCACUCCUGCUUUGGGGAACAAAGAGCAAUGUGAAGAUGCCACAGAGGAUUCUCUCUUCCAGUCCCCAGGAGCGCUGGAAUUGGGGGCUAGGGUCCGGGAGGCAGGAGUCAUUUUUUAUAGGAUUAGGUUCUAGGGGGAAGCUGACUUCUGCACAAGCACUACUGAAAUUCACAUUAAAAAAAAAAAAAAAAAGCUGUGAAAUUGAAGUCCUGAUUUAAGAGGCAGAGCUUUUAGCCGGAGGUAUUCCUGGAGACUGGGGAAGGGGUCUGCUGGGGCCAGAGAGCCUCUCCCUGGCCGCUCCUGAGGGCCAGGCUGAGCCGUCCUGGGACCAUCAGAUCACUGGAUGCGGAGCUGGAAGGCACCUGCGGCUGCUGGCACAGACUACACCUCAGCCUCUCUGCUGGAUUCCAUGCUGCUUGUCCUCAGAUCCUGCUGCCACGUGCGAUCUGAAGUAGGAGGCCUGUGGGGUCCCUCGAGGUAUGGAAGAGGCCCUUCAGGUGCCCAGACUCCACAGGAGGGCACACGCUUGUGGUUUGGUCUAUUCAGCUGGCUAACCUUCCUGGAACCAUGCCGAUGCCACAGGAUUCCGGUUUUGUGUCUGUUUCCUUCUCUCUGUAUUUAUUAUUAUUAUUUUUAUGUUUUGGAGGAGGUGCACAUUUCAGGAUUGGUUAAGGACCAGAAACAAUCUAGUUCCAUCAAUGUGAAGCCUGUGUGUUCUCUCUCCCCUGGCACCAUUCAUCAGUAUUGUGUAAAGGAACCGCUAAUAUACUUGAGUGUGCAGACUGAGUGUGCAAGUAAUGAACCCAUUUGACAUGCUGCUAUGAAGACUACUUUUAGAACAACAACAAAAAAAACUAACCUACAAAAAAAAACUUUAUUCUUUAAUUGUUGCUUUUACAGUGAUAUUGUGCAUGCAAACCAGGAGCAUUUUGUGUCUUAAGAAAAAUAAUCUUAGAACAGAUGGCUGUGAAAAUUAUACCCAUGCACAGAACAAGCCACAGGAAUAAUAGUUCAGGAUUUGAUUUUUCUUUUUCUUGUAAACCUGAAGGGUUGGUAUAUUCUUUCCAGGCAGUUAUUAGAAUUUAGUUUUGUUCCAACAGUUGUUAAACCUGCAAUGAAAAGAAAAUGUGCCAUUUUUUUCUCUUGGGAUUAUUCAUAGCUGUAUAUUUGAAACUGCUAAUUACACACUUGUGAUGUAUGUUGGUUUUUUAGUGCAAUUUCUUCUGUAGCUAUUCUUUGACCAAACUGUGGGUAUUGUUAAUAUUAAUUUAUAUUUUUCUCAUUUUGUAUGUAUGUAUAGUGUGUUUGUGAGUAUGUGUGGUUUAUAAUCUGACAAGGUCACGAAGCUCAGUUUGGUUGUAAUUUAAUUCCCCUUCCCUUAUUUUUAUUUAUUUUUGUACUGUGCUGAUUCAAUAAAAUGCACUGACCACCUAUUA